AACACUUGAGAAUUGAAACUAAUAGUAAGUCUGCCAUGACCAUGAGAAACAUCAAAACCGUCUAUGUCUAACUUUGGUCCUGAUACUAAAUUCCGAGUAAUCUCAGGAAUAUAUAAGGUAUCAUAAAGUUUAAUACAUAAACCAGUUUUCAUUAUUAAUUCUAAGGUUCCCACGGCUUCGACAGCUAGUUCUGUUCCAUUCCCCAGCUUAAGUGUUCUUCGGUUUCUUUCCAGCUUCUGGAUUGUAAGGAAUCCCUGAAGGAUCCUCACCUAUAUAAACACCCAUGUAUACAAUUAUUCAGUUGAGUUGGAUUAUUAAAAUCAACAUGGUAUCAGAGCACAAAGAUCCUAACCUCUCUCUUCCUUUCCUGCGCUAAUCACCGAAAAAAAAUCGGCAGAGCCGGUCUCUCCACUGCCGAUCACGCCGUGCACAGCCAUGGCUUCUACCUCGUCUGAUCCUAUGGAUCGUCUUCCUACGGGUCUCAAGUUGUUUGUCCGGAAUCUCCAAUCCCUAACCCUGGUCAAGCUUGAUGACACCAAUUAUCCCUCUUGGUCGGCUACCGUCCGUGCAAAUCUCCUCGCUCAUCGUCUUCUCGGCUACGUGGAUGGGUCUGAAUCGUCUCCUCCGUCUUUUGUCCUUGAUGAGAAGGCUGCGGCAUCUGGCAAGGAUCAACCGCCGGUCAUGAAACCAAAUCCGGCCUAUGAAUCCUGGAAUAUUAUUGAUGCUCAGAUUCGGGCCUGUCUCCUUGCUAUUGUCUCACCCACGGUUCAAACACAUAUUCAUGUUCUUCCCACCUCGGCUGCAAUCUGGAAUCUUCUAGAACAACGGUACAACUCUCUUUCCCGAACUCAUAUUUUUCAACUGAAGGAGCGCCUACAUGGUGUUACAAAAGGGAUCGAUUCGAUGCAAUCCUAUUUGGACACUGUUCUCACGAUUGUGUCGUCUCUCAAACUGGCUCAUGAAGAAAUUUCUAAACAAGAUAUUAUUCUCUGUGUUCUUCGCGGUCUACCGGCCGACUAUGCCUCCCUCAAGCAAAAUAUUUGCACCAAUAUUGCCACUGUCACAUUUAAUCAGGUCUCCUCUUGGUUGCUGUCUGAAGAAUUGAACUUAUCUUUUGAGAAGAAAUUAUCUCUGGGUGACUUCGGCUCUACUUCGUCCGUUGACAUUCAUAAUGCUCUUUUCACUAAUUCCGGACGAGGCAAUGGUAGAGGUUGUGGCCGAGGACCACCGCGAGGCCGAGGAGGGCCUUACCGUGGCAGUCAACCCGGCGGCAGAGGAGGACGGCAGCCGCAGUAUCGUGACGACACCCGCGGCAGAGGAGGUGGUCGAGGGGUGUCCGUUACCUGCCAGUUGUGUGGGAAACAUGGCCAUGCGGUCUGGAAUUGUUGGCACCGCUAUGACGAAUCAUACACUGGUCCACCGCAGGCAUAUUAUGCAAAUCAAUCCGCUGAGUCUGGUUCGAACUAGCACCUGGACACUGGCGCAAACACUCAUGUGACGUCUGAUCUAUCUCGGCUGAAUUCUAUGUCACCAUAUCAUGGCACCAACUCCAUCACAACUGCGGGAGGUAACACCUAUCCUAUUGACCAUACAGGCUCAGGUAUAUUAACCACACCCCAUCAUAAUUUUCACCUAUCCAAUCUCCUUCAUUCUCCUCACAUUAAUUCCCAUCUCCUUUCUGUUCACCAAUUUACUAAAGAUAAUAACUGCUCUCUUCUUUU